CGUGACGCAAAGAUCGCCGUGAUAAGUGAUAAGAGAAAUAGAGUUCGGUGUGUAUGAGUGCCGCGUGGUUAGUCUUCGACGGUUAAGCGUCGUUGUAUCGUGUGCUUUUAUCGAUCUAAGAUAUUGUGAUUAAUAAGAAGAUAUAUAUAUAUAUAUAAAAUAUAUAUAUGUAUGUAUGUGUGUGUGUAUAUAUAUGUAUCGAAAAGAAAAACAUAGGAAAUAUAUAUAUAUAUAUUGGUGAGUUUUCAGUGAGGGACAACAACACAACGAGGAAGACGAACAAGUGAGAAAGUUCGAUGUAAGAGUAAAAAGAGGAACUUGUGGAUGAUAAUGCAAGCGUGACAUCGUCGAUUUCGUUUCGGUUAUAUAUAUAUAUAUAUUUUUUUUUUCUUCUCCUCCCUCCCCGCUGCCGAAAAAACGAUACAACGACAAAAACUAAGUGGAUCUGCUGGAGAAAGAGAAAAAAGAAAAGGAGAAAGAAAUGGAAAAGUAGAAGAGGAAAGUAACGAAAUAUAUUAACAACAAAGACGAGAACUACGGUGUUCCGAACGACUCCAUGCCCUUCUACGUAGAUAAGACAUCCUCGUCAUCGUCGUCGUCGUCGUCGUCGUCGUCGUCGUCGUCGUUUCGCGGCACGAGGCAUCGCCGACCGCGAGAUGCGCGACGAAUAACGGCGCAUCUUCGACCACUUUACAGGAGUUCGAACAAAAAUGGAGUUCGAGCUGGAUGGCAGUUUGAAGGAAUGGGCCAAGGAUAAACCGCUAAGCAUCCUUCAACUAGAUCCUGCUGAUAGGGCUGUUUUGAGGAUUGCUGACGAAAGAGACGCCAUACAAAAGAAGACCUUUACGAAAUGGGUGAACAAACACUUGAAAAAGACUUACACGUGCCUGCACGUGUGCGUUCUUGUCAACAACCAACCAUGCUGCUCCCCCACCGCCAGCAGACAUGUCGGAGACCUGUUCGAGGACCUGCGGGACGGGCACAACCUUAUCUCCUUGUUGGAAGUACUCUCAGGGGAGCAUCUUCCACGGGAAAGAGGAAGGAUGCGUUUCCACAUGUUGCAAAACGUACAAAUGGCACUCGAUUUUCUUCGAUACAAGAAAAUCAAGCUUGUAAACAUACGUGCCGAGGAUAUCGUUGAUGGCAAUCCUAAAUUGACACUUGGCCUGAUUUGGACCAUCAUACUGCACUUCCAGAUAUCAGAUAUUGUAGUAGGUCAAGAACCAAAUGUGACAGCUCGAGAAGCUUUGCUAAGAUGGGCAAGACGUUCAACAGCUCGUUAUCCUGGUGUCCGUGUGACAGACUUUACUUGUUCCUGGAGAGAUGGUUUGGCGUUUAGCGCACUUCUCCAUAGAAACCGUCCAGACCUCGUCGAUUGGAGAAGUGCUCGUGCAAGUCAACCUCGAGAACGGCUCGAUCGGGUCUUCCACGUCGCCGAGCGCGAGUACGGCGUUACAAGGCUUCUCGAUCCAGAAGAUGUGGAUACACCGGAACCGGACGAGAAGUCUUUGAUAACGUACAUCUCUUCGCUCUACGACGUGUUCCCUGAGCCACCCCCAAUUCAUCCCCUUUAUGAUACCGAAGCCCAAAGACGAUCAGCUGAGUAUCGUGAACUUGCUAGCUCUCUACACCUUUGGAUACGUGAAAAGAUGACUUUAGUACAGGAUAGAUCUUUCCCGCCAACUUUGAUCGAAAUGAAAAAACUCGCAGCUGAUAGCUCUAAAUUCAAAAACGAGGAAGUACCGCCAAGAUACAGGGACAAGCAAAGAUUGUCUUAUAUCUUUAGAGAUUUGCAGAAAUAUUUUGAAGCUGUUGGUGAGGUCGAUAUGGAACCAGAAUUGCACAUUGAUGUGAUUGAAAAGAAUUGGAGCAGAUUAAUAAUGUUACAUCAAGAAAGAGAACAGGCUAUUAUUGAUGAAAUCAAACGACUCGAACGACUUCAACGGCUUGCCGAGAAAGUUCACCGUGAGAUGAAGUCAACUGAUAAUCGUCUGGAAGAAUUGGAAAGACGCGUGGAAGACGAGGCUCGACGUCUCGAUCGUCUUCACCCUUUAGAAGCUAAACAUGCGGUUGACCUGCUGGAACAGGACAUUCGCAAUACCGAAAUUCAAAUACAGAAUAUUUUUACCGAUGUACACACACUCACCGAAGGCAGAUAUAGUCAAGCUGCUGAACUUCACAAGAGGGUGCAGAAACUACAUCAACGUUGGGUAGCAUUACGUUCUCUCUUGCACAAACGUUUGGUACAACCACUUUCCGCGGUGUCAUUCCCAGUAGAAGAACGAGUUGUCACGAAGCAUCGAACGACAGUUCACGAAACGAGAUUGGUAGAUACCAAUCCACAUUUCCGUUCGUUACACGACUGCAUCGAUUGGUGCAAGGCUAAAUUAAAACAGAUCCAAGAAGCUGAUUACGGCUCGGAUUUGCAAAGCGUUCAAAACGAAUUCGACGUUCAUCAGAAGGAACAUAAAAAUAUUGAUCAGUUCCGUUCGAAAGUAGACAAGUGUGUUCAAGCUAAAAAUAAUUUCCACGGGGAGGAAUUGACUUUGUAUAGUCAGCAUCUCAGCAAUUUACAGAAACUUUAUUCUGAACUUUUGGCACUAUCGAACAAGAGACUUUCCGAUUUGGAUACUUUACAAGAUUUUAUACAAUCUGCUACUGGAGAACUUGUGUGGCUUAAUGCUAAGGAAGAGACCGAGGUGACAAGAGAUUGGAGCGAUAAGAACCUUAACGUUCAAAGCAUCGAACAGUAUUACGAGCGUACAUACGGAUCUGGAAUUGAGUCCCUGAUGAGCGAUUUGGAGAAACGAGAAAUACAAUUUUCUGCUGUACAAGAUAGAGGAGAAGCAUUGGUUCUCCAGCAUCAUCCAGCAGCAAAAACGAUCGAGGCCUAUAUGUCAGCGAUGCAGAGUCAAUGGGCUUGGCUCCUUCAGCUAACUCUCUGUCUCGAAGUUCAUCUGAAACACUCCGCGCAUAGUCAACAAUUUUUCAAGGAUAUUCAACAGGCUGAACAAUGGAUUUCUAAGAUAGACGAAACACUUAACACGGUUUAUUCGCAAUCUGAUUUUUCUCUAGACGAAGGUGAACGAUUGUUAAAGGGUAUGCAAGAACUUAGAGAAGAACUUAAUAAUUAUGGUGAGCACGUUCAGAGAUUGGUCGAACAGGCUAAAGAAGUUAUACCGAUGAAACAAAGAAGACAGCCAGUAACGAGACCAUUGCAAGUUACUUGCGUUUGCAGUUACAAGCAAGUAAACAUGUCAAUCGAGAAAGGAGAACAAUGUACUCUCUAUGAUAAUUCUGGUAGAGUUAAAUGGCGUGUAAAGAACUCGCAAGGAGUCGAAUCACCUGUACCAGGUGUCUGUUUUUCACUUCAUCCACCAGAUAAAGAUGCAUUGGAUGCUGCUGAACGAUCAAGACGACAAUACGAUAGAAGCGUAUCUUUGUGGCAGCGCAAACAACUAAGACUCAGACAGAACAUGAUUUUUGCUACCAUCAAGGUGGUCAAGGGAUGGGACUUACCUCAGUUCUUAGCUAUGGGACAAGAUCAACGUACUGCUAUUAGAAAAGCUUUGAACGAGGAUGCAGAUAAAUUACUUAGCGAAGGUGAUCCAGCUGAUCCACAAUUGAGAAGAUUGAAACGUGAGAUGGCUGAUGUUAAUAGGCUCUUCGAUGAUUUCGAGAAACGUGCCAAAGCCGAGGAGGAAUCUAAAAACGCUGGUCGAAUUUUCAACGAACAGGUAUCCUCGCUUCAGCAAGCGCUCGAUGAAGCUGAACGUAUUAUAAAUGCACGUAUUGCGGCUCCAUUGCCAAGAGAUCUCGAUAGCCUCGAACAUUUGGUAUUAGAACACAAAGAUUAUGAACAAAAUUUGCAACAAUUGGCACCGGAAGUCGAUCAAGUACAACAGACUUUCCGUGGUAUUACUUUGAAGACUCCAGCAAUGAGAAAUAAACUCGAUAGCGUAAUGACCAAAUGGAAUCAUCUUUGGAAUCUUAGCAAUCUUUACAUAGAACGUUUGAAAUGCGUAGAAAUCGUACUUUCUAGUCUCGAAGAAAAUACCACGGUUAUAUCCGAAUUUGAAAUAAAAUUGGCAUCGUUCGGUGAAUUACCGUCGGACGUUAAAGGUCUUCAAAAUGUUCUCGAGGAUCUCAUGAUCCUUCAAAAUGCCAUUGCUCAGCAACAGUCAUCUAUUGAUCAAUUGAACGACGACGCCCACAACGCCAGACGUCUCGUUGAAAAAUCAAGACAUAAUCAUCAUGGACCACACGGUGAUAUGGAUAGAUUAGAUUCCGAGGUCAACAGAUUGAACGCUAGAUGGACUAAUGUUUGUGGUCAGCUCGUUGAUAGAUUACGUAGUGCGGAAGCGGCUUAUAGUCUCGCACAACAGUACCAUAAUUCGUAUCAAAAUGAGGUUGACUUCAUCGACGAAUGCUAUAUGAAACUCGAAUUGGAGAAUGCUAAGAAUUUGUUAAACAGAGUUGUGGAUCGUGCUCCAGCAAUCGAAGCAGUCAACGUUACUGGUGGAAGAUUAAUUCGCGAAGGCAAGAUCUAUGGACAAAGGCUCAGAGCAUUCAAAGAACAGCUGGAAGAAGUGUGCCCAUCGUUGGAUGCAUCAGUGAAAAGACCACGUAGAGAACCGGUAACUACGGUGGAUGGAGUUGCGCGUGACCUUGACACACUAAAUAGAAAAUAUACUACCCUAUUGAGUCUACUUCAGGAACGAGUUAGGCAGUUGGCCUUGUUAUAUCCCGAAGAUAUCUCUUUGCAGCGUGCUCUUCAAGAGCAACGACCUCUGCGGACAUUCCGCACGGAAUUUAACAUCUACGAGAGUACAACUAGCGAGGAACGUUAUACCUCAACAACGACACAUUACACUCAAUCGCAGUACAUCACAGAAAAACACGAAUCAACGGAGACCAGUGUGAGUAGCGAUUCCAUUCGUCGUAGUACAAGUCGUGAAUCAUCGCCAUUGAAACGUGCAAGAACAGAGGGACAACAAGAUGUUGGUUAUUCUCCUCGAAUCAGUGGCGUUACCGAGACGUCAACGACGACGACGGAUUCUACUACCGACGCUCGAAGCACCAUGCAAUUUAGCGAAAUUAGGAGUCUUAAGAGGAUACACAGGGCUGAGGAGGGUAUCAGUACGGACAACGUGAUAGAUGCUAGGGGUAUCGUUCAUCCAAGUACUGGGAAGAUACUAACGGUUGGCGAAGCUAUAAGACUUAGGAUUCUUGAUGUUAGAAAUGGUAGAAUAGCAACCUCGAGCGACGCGAAAACAAGCGUGACGAUUGAGGAAGCUGCGCGAAUGAAUCUGAUAGAUGGAAAUCUGGCGAAUCACUUAUUGGGACCUUGUGGGGUAACGGAGGACGGUCGACAAAUCUCACUACUCGAGGCUAUUCAACAGGAGCUCUUUGAUGCCGAGAGAGGGGAUGAUAGAGUUAAGGUAACGACCAGUUUCUCGGGUGUUAGCGUUGCCGAUGCGAUGAGCGAGGGUUUGUUGGAUCCAAUAACGGGUCAAGUUAUUACGGCCAACGGUGAAAGAAUCUCCAUCGAGGAGGCAUACUCUAGGGGUUAUUUAACGAAACUCGAUGUCACGGUUAAAGUUAAAAAGAACGCUCUUGCACUUUCCGACGCGAUAUCCCAAGGUCUUGUCGACGAUAGGUCAGGUCGUAUUCUUGAUAGAGUUACUGGGGAAUAUUAUCUAUUGAAUGAGGCUAUAGAAAAAGGUGUUAUUGAUCCUGAUGUUAAGGAAGUGGUCGAUGCGCGUAACGAUAUCAAGUUGACGGUAGCUGAAUCAAUACAGCAAGGUAUAUUGAAUCCAAAGAGUGGUAGGUAUAUGCACGGUUUAUCAAUGGAAAGAUUAUCCUUGAAGGAGGCACGUCGAAGGCAACUUAUCGUUAAACCGAUGACUCUUAAGGAUUGUUGCGAUUUGGAAAUAAUCGAUGAAACUGGUAGGAUAGCCAGUCCAGCGCAUCGGAAAAAAUUGACGGUAUUGGAAGCCAUAUCGAGAAGUGUCUUAGAUUCAGAGAAUCUCAAAUCUAUAACGGAUACGAAAGCCGGAGAACCGAUUACUUUGUCAGAUGCAUUGUCCAAAGGCGUUGUUAAACCGGAAGGUACAUUCAAAGACACUUUAAAAGACGAGGAAUUGAGUAUACAGGAGGCGGUAGAUAAGGGUUUGGUCAUGUCAAUCACACAAAAGACUAUUUUUGAUAUCGAUGGUUUUAAAGAUCCCGUUUCUGGAGAAUACAUCAGCUUAAACUCUGCUCUUUUAAAAGGUUUGAUAAGUCCAAAAUCAGGAGGUUCUUAUAUAAUCGAUUUAAAAACUGGAAAGACAGUUCCCUUGGACGUAGCCGAAGAACAGGGCUUCGUUAGAUCAACGGUAUCGGAGAUGCUUAAUUGUGGUAUUGGAAUUACGGAGGAGGGUCGUGAAAUUAGUGUGUUAGAAGCUGUUUUAUUAGAAUUAGUCGAUCCAAAAUCAGGUCAACUGUUGGAUCCACGAACUAAAAGAAUAGUUCCUUUGGAAGAUGCCAUUAAACGUGGAUUAAUUACACCAGACGGAGCUGCGUUGCUUACAAGUCUGUUAAAUAUCGCUGUAACGACCCAAACAGUUACCAAAACUGUGAAAAGAUAUGUAACCGUAUUGGAGACAGGAGAAGUGAUCAAUCGAGAUUGUAAAAUCACUUAUGCAGAAGCUAUUGAACAUGGUUUAAUCGAUCAAACUAAUAAAAUCUUCACGGAUCCUGACAGCGGAAAAAUUAUGAGUGUUCAUCAAGCUAUAGAAGAAGGUUUACUUGGUAAACAAAUGGAAGAAACGCCUGCUGGAAAAAUACAUUUUCCAUCUAAACAAGUCACUUUUGAAACUACCCUAGUCACAAACGUUGGUAACGUUGAUAGUUCGGAUGAAAGAGAGAAAUCGCAACCAAUAGCAAUUGGAACGACUACGACUAUUAUAACUAAAGAAAUCGUUCCACCGAGCGAAGACAAGUUAACACAAUCUGCAAUUACUAAACCUUCAGUCGUUUCAACGACUUUCAUACCUUCGUCAUCGAUCGAAUCUACCAUUAAAAAUGGUACGGUAUCUCCAAUGAAAACUAGUCCACCAUCUUCACCAGAUAAUAUCGAUAGAUCACGAUCCAAAUCGAAGAGUCCUUCGCAGCAUAGAGAAGAACAAAAAAUGAUGAUCGAUUCGAAUUCAUUCUCGACUAAUAAAGAUUCGAAUGAAACGAAAAUUGAGACGCAAAGCUCAGUGACAACUACUAGAAAUCAUAAAUCAGAAGUUAGUUCGUUUAUAGAAAGUGAACGUAUUUUAACAGAGAAACGAGUGUUCGAGUUACCAUCCGAUGGUUGGACACUUGCUGAUGCCAUUAAUCAGAAACUGUUCGAUCCAGCUACUGGUUUGUUUAUUAUACCAGGUACUGAUAGAUUAGUAUCAUUCGAGGAAUGUAUAAAAUUACAAAUCAUUAAUCCAAAUUCUGCAGCUGUGAUUGAUCCAAAUAAUGGAAGGAAAGUGUCAUUAAUGAGAAGUUUGGAAAAAAAUAUUUUAGAUUCCACGGGGCAUUAUACUCAUCCACAAAAAAUAUCUAUGAAAGAGGCAAUAGAAAGGCAGUUGGUAAUACUUCAAUAUAAAUCCUCCGAUUUCGAUGAAACAAAUCAAAGACUAUUACAAAUCACUAAAAUUUCUGGGAAGCCUGAUAAAGUAGAAUUAACACACAUUGAUGAUCCAACGAAGGAUACUGAAAUCAAGGUAACAGACGAAUCGUCCAUUCUGGAUCCUGUACAAGUAUCGCGAGGUGUAAUUUAUGAUCCUGCAACGGCAUUAGUUAUCUCGACCGAUAACGGUACAUCCGCCGAUUUAUUAAAAGCUGUCAACGAUGGUACUUUGCAGUCUAAAGAUGUAAUAGUUCGUGAUCCAUCAACUGGUAAAAACAUUGCAAUGCCUGAAGCGGUGGAACGUGGUAUACUCGAUUCAAAGACUGGCGAAUAUAAAGUCGACGAUGAUAGAAAAUUGUCUUUGCUCGAUGCAACGAAAUUUGGUUUGGUAGCAGUCGUUGGUGCUCCUUUGGUGGCAGCAGCAGCUGCCGUUGAAGCUGUUAAAAAAACUAUGAUCAAAGAUCCUAAGACAGGAGAGAAAAUACCUCGAGAAGUUGCUAUAGAACGUGGUCUUGUCCCACCAGAAGAAGUAUUGAAUGUUAAAUCAUCCCCAGCUAUUACUGCAACAGAAACUCUAUUAGAAGAUUUACGAGCAAGUACAGACAUUCCGGUAUCUGAUCUUAAAACGAAUGAAAGCGUAUCAUCGAGCGAUGUUGAACCAUCGAGACAAGAAAAUGGUGAAAACGUAGAAGUAAAGGAUACGGUUGUUACGAAACCAUUUACACCUGAAGAAGAUAUUACCGAUAGAGCGUCGUUGGUAGCUAAAGCAAGAGCAAGAGUAACUACGGAGCCAAAGUAUACAGUAACGAUUGGUAAAGCUAGAUCAUUUUCGCAAAGUCCAGAAAGAGAAGCUAAACCGAUCGUGCUUCAAAAAAUGAAGAAGAGAAUCGUUAAAGCUAGCGAAGCUAUGGAAAGUGGUCUAAUCGAUGAAGAAACGAUACAAAUUAUUGAAACUGAGAUCUCUGGAGAUGGAGAAAAGAAAAUGACAUUGUCCGAAGCUAUUGAAAGUAAUAGGAUAGAUGCUGAUAGUGGUAAAAUCGUAGAUCCACAAAGAGGUGAUGUUUUAUCCAUAAAGGAAGCUAUCGAUCGUGGAAUCUUAGAUCCAGAGAAUGCAGAUUUACUUCUUCCCUUAGCAAAGAGUCUUUCUAUUCCAGGAUUAUACAAGCAAGGUCUGUUAGAUCCUCAAGAAGGCAAGAUUGUUCAUCCAGAAACAGGUGCUCAUCUUACUCUAAACGAAGCCAUAGUUUGUGGAAUAGUCGAUCCAUUAUCAAAAAUAAUUCAACCAAACGGACAAUCAGAUACUUUAGAAAAUGCCAUCGCAAAUGAUGUAAUCGAUGCCGACAGAUCAUUAGUUAAAUUCGAAGAUGGUUGCGUUAAUUUAGUUAAAGCUGUGGAAGAAAAUGUAUUUGAAAAGUGUGAGACGACUAAACCUUUUGAGUUGCCACCAACUGGCAUGACUUUCCCAGUAGCUUUGAAACGUGGCUUGAUCGAUCCAUCCAAAAAUGAAAUUAGACAUCCUAUCACAGGUGAAAGUAUAUCUUUGAAAGAUGCUAUAGCAUCUGAUUUUAUAAUGACUCUGCCUUAUCCAGCUGCGCCAGAUAGUAUUAAAGUAACAGAAGCUCUCGAGUCAGGUCUUAUUGACAAAGAGAAGGGUGUAUUUAUUCAUCCUACAAGUGGUACAUCCAUACCAAUAGUAGAAGCUGUAGAAUCUGGUCUUCUGAUUGUAAAAACACCAGUAAAAGAUGAAUGCAUCAGUACGAUUACCGAAACAGUGACAUCUUAUCAUACGAUUACCACGAAAACUGUCGAACUUCUGCCAGGAUAUGUUUUAUUAAAUGCAAAACUAGUUCAGAAUCUUGAAACCGGUGAUACUCUUACGAUCGAAGAGGCACGUGAUCAAGGAAUCGUUAAAGAUGAAUCUGAGAAGAAAGAAGAGUUUACAACCAAGGAUAUAAGGAUUACUUUCAGUGAUGCUGUAGAAAAGGGUUUGGUUGAUAUGAAUGCAGGAACUUAUACUGAUCCUAACACGGGUGCUAUUAUGCCAAUUUCAAAAGCAGUAGAAGUUGGUAUUCUUGAUACCUCAGUUCAGACAAAUGAGCCUAGUACUUCUAUACCAACUACACAAAACAGUUUGACCAUUUUAGAAGCUAUAGAACAAAUUUAUGAUGAUAAUACCGAAUCUUUUACUGAUCCUGAAUCGAAAAAAUCGUACAAUUUAACUGAAGCAAUAGAAGUUGGCUUGAUCGAGCCUGAUUCUGUUUUGUACGAUGUAAAAACAGCAGAAACUAUAACAACGAAAGAAGCUGUAGAAAAAGGUCUGCUCGAUCCUCAAACCGGUAAAAUAAAACAAAAAGAUGGAGGAAGCUCAAUGAGUAUUACUCAAGCCGCAAAACUCGGGCUUUUAGCGGUCGUCGCUGCACCCGUUUUAGCUGGAAAAGCUGUAGUCGAUGCGAUUCAAACAAGAGAAACUAAAAAAUCUAGUUCACCUGUAGAAUCUACCUCAGCAGUAGAACCUACCUCAAUUUCUGCAUUAACACAAAGUAAAAUUGAUGCGGUAGAACCUAUCUCAAUAUCUGCAGCAACACAAAGUAAAGUCGAUGUAGUACAACCUGUCACAGUUUCUGCAGCAACACAAAGUAAAGUCGAUGUAGUACAACCUGUCACAGUUUCUGCAGCAACACAAAGUAAAGUCGAUGUAGUAAAACCUGUCACAGUUUCUGCAGCAACACAAAGUAAAGUCGAUGUAGUAAAACCUGUCACAGUUUCUGCAGCAACACAAAGUAAAGUCGAUGUAGUAAAACCUGUCACAAUUUCUGCAGGAACACAAAGUAAAGUCGAUGUAGUAAAACCUGUUGUCACAGUUUCUGCAGCAACACAAAGUAAAAUCGACGUAGUAGAACCUGUCUCAGUUUCUGUAGUAUCACCACAAAGUAAAGUCGAUAAAACGAUUGAACCCGAACAGGUUCAAAAAUUACCCGAUGAAAUAGAAGGAGUUCCAUUGGAUGAAGAAUCCAAACUUCUAUCUACACCAAAGGCUAGUGCAAAGGAAGUUUUACAAAAAGAAGAAAAAGAAGUGUGCGAUUCAUUUAUCGCUAAUGAAAAAUUAACAGCAUCGAUAGAAGAACCUCAAACAACAAAAAUAUCUGAUACAAUUGAAAUAAAAAAUCUAGAUCAACAAGAAAGAGAAGAUAUAGAUCAACAGGAAAGAGAAGAUAUAGAUCAACAGGAAAGAGAAGAUAUAGAUCAACAGGAAAGAGAAGAUAUAGAAGAUGCAGAUGAAAAAUCUGAAGAGAAAUUGUCGCAAAUAGUCGUAUCGAAGGAUUUAUCACCACGAGAUCUAGCUAAUCGAGGUCUAUUUAAUAUGGAAAACGAAAGAUUCGUUGAUCCUACAACAGAUAACAUUGUUUCGUUCAACGAAUUCGUUCUCGAUUUACAAAUCUUUGAUCCCGACAACGUGUGGGUUAAAGAUCUAUCAAAGAAAUCUGAUAAAUAUGUCACUCUUCGAGAAGCAAUCGAUAGACCACUCGUAGAUAGAAAUGUAGGAUAUAUGGUAGAUCCUAAAAGUGGUAAGAAAAUACCAUUCUUCGAGGCAGUCAAACUUGGAUGGAUUGAACAAAGACCUAGCAGUGUUGAAAAGGAACCUUUAACUUUAAGCUUACAAGAAGCAGUAGAAGUAGGUGUUUGUGAUCCUAUUAACGCACAAUUUCAUGAUCCGAAAUCUGGAGAACCAUUAUCUUUAUCUGAAGCAGUCGAAGUUGGGCUAAUCGAUGCUGAUUCCCUAGCUAUAAGAAAUCCAAUUAGUGAUGAAAUAUUACCUCUAUCUGAAGCAUUAGAAUCCGGUGUGAUAGAUCUUCAUAGAGGGGUCAUUAUCAAUAUUGAAACAAGGACAGAAAUUGAUAUCAAGGUUGCUUUCUUAAAGGGUAUGAUAGUACCACGUGCUAGAAAACCAAUUUCUCUCGAAGCUGCGAUAAACAAUGGCAUAUACGAGCCUAAUACAGGAAAGAUACAAGAUCCUUUGACUAAACAAUUCGUAGAUGUUGAAGAAAGUGUUCGAAGAGGUAUAAUCGAUGCUUUCAUCACCGAAUGUCAGGAUACUAAAGCUGGCUCUUUCGUUUCUCUCGAUGAUGCACUAACUAUAAAUCUAUUAAACUCAAAAAUGGGACGUUUGCAAGAUACAAAAGCUGGCGAACUUCUUCCUUUGGAUACAGCAUUAAACAGAGGCUUGAUCAUAACGACACCAUUCGUGCCUUCUUUAAUAGAUGUUAUAGCACAAGAAUAUUACUCUCCUAAAACUGGUCUUGUUCUUAAUCCUGUGAACGGUGCAGAAAUGACAAUAAAAGAAGCUUUAACUACUGGCUAUAUCGACGACAGAACAACUAUGAUAAAGGAUGACAGACGUGAUAAAGUCGUGUCGAUUAAAGAGGCAGCAGAAACAUUAUUAAUAGAUUUACAAAGUGGUUUAUUAAAUUAUCCUCAUUCCAUGACAUUAGACAUUGCAUUUGAAAAGGGUUAUUUGUUAAGUACAACCAAACCUUGGACGUUACAAGAAGCUCUUGCUCAUCAGACUUAUGAUCCUAAAACAGGUACCUUCACUAUCGAUGGAGAAAGUUAUAUGUUAGAAGAAGCUAUUGCCAAAGGUAUAAUUAAUCAAGACAGUCCAUCGAUCAAAGAUCCACGAAAUAACGAUAUUAUAUCUCUUGGUGAUGCUAUCAAACGUGGCCUUAUCAAUCCAAAAAGUGGAACAGCUAUUGAUCCUUCCACAGGUGUACCACUUUCUUUAACUGAUGCAUUGGAUCGUGGCCUGGUAGUUCCAGCAAAACGAAAAAUAUCUUUACCAGAAGCCAUAUUCAAAGGUUUUUACGAUCCAAAGACUGGUCACUUCAUUAUUCCAGACACACAAGAAAAGUUACCAACUGAUCGUGCUAUUAAAAAAGGUGUCAUUGAUACGACUACAGCAAUCGUUCGACAUGAUAGUGGUGAUGUAAUUACAUUCACCGAAGCUAUAGAAAAGCUCAUAGUUGAUCCAAAAACUGGAACAGUAGCUACCGAAAAAGGACGACGUUUAGAUUUUCACGAAGCUUUAGAACGUGGUCUUCUUUUGGAAACACGUAGACCAAUGAGCUUCAGUGAAGCAAUCUCAAAAGGUAUAUUGGACGAUAAAACCAAUACAUUUUUGGAUCCUCAAACUGGUACUUAUUUAACAAUAUUGGAAGCUAUACAAAAACAUCUGAUAGAUGCAGAUUCUGUAACAGUAAAAGAUGUUAGAUCACCGUUCUUAAAAACAAUGCCAUUGAUGGAAGCAAUAGAAUUAGGCUAUGUCGAUGGUAAUACUGGACGUGUUAAAGAUCUCAACAAAGGUAACAUUGAAAUAUCUUUACGCGAUGCUUACGAAUCCGGCUUGAUCAUAGACAAUAAAGCGGCCGUGUCUUUGCAACGAGCUGUUCAUCAAGGAUUAUACGACGAUAAGACUGGAAAAAUCAUUGAUCCUGGCACUAACAGAGCUGUAACUCUUCACGAAGCUAUGAGAAAAUGUAUCAUUGGACCUACCUUACCUUGCUAUUGGGAUAAAAGAUCAGAAAGACUCUUGUCGCUUGCUGAAACUUGUCGUGCUGGUGUAAUAGACAGACGUUCAGGCAUGUUCAAAGAACCUGGUGCCAAUUGUACAGUAACUUUAUCUCUUGCAUUACAACAUGGGCUUAUCGUCGAUAUCGAAAGCAUGGGUUUUGGUUUAUACGAAGCAAUAUUGAUGGAUAUGUACGACUCAUCAUCAGGAAAAUUCAUACAUCCAUUGAAUAAUAAAAAGCUUACAUUGGCUGAAGCAAUUCAAAUCGAAAUGAUCGAUCCACUUACGUCGAUCGUAAAGAAUACUAAAUCGAACAAAUAUGUUCUUUUGGCCGAAGCAAUUUCUGAUGGAAUUAUCGACGAUAUUCGUGGUACAUACAAUAUCUCUGAAAUCGACAAGGUAAUGAAUUUACAAGAGGCCAGAAAAAAAGGUUUCAUAGUAACAUCAAAAACUCCACUUUCGAUAGAGGAAGCAGUGAAGUGUGGUCUUUAUCGCGGUGACAGUGGCAAAUUUGCAAAACCCACAGUUAAUGAAUUUUACGAUUUAGUCCAAGCUCUUUCGGUCGAAUUAAUUGAUCCUGAUACAACUGCAUUAAAAGAUGCUACUACAGGACAGAUAAAAUCUUUACAAGUUGGUAUCGAUGAUGGAACGAUAGAUGUACCCAGAGGCAGAGUACUCGAUCCUAAAACCAAACGAUCUUACAAUAUAGACGUUGCCUUCGAACGUGGAUUAUUAGUAACCGUAGAAAAACCAUUGACUCUUCAAUCACAAAGAUCUUCUUUGGAUGAACAAAAAGGAUCUACCAAAGAAAGUAAUACGAGAGAAUGUACAGUCGAAGAAGCUAUCAAAUAUGAAUUUAUUAAUCCAAAUGUAUCGGUCGUUAGAGACCCAAGAAAUGGAAGGUUCACAGUUUUGAAGAAAGCCCUUGCUGAAAGAAUCAUCGAUCCUUCGGAAAAAGGAACGAUCGAACCACAAGUUGGAAAAUUAUCGAGCAGAUGCAUACGUUUCGGUGAAAAUACUGUUUUCCUAUUACCACCUUUAUCAUUUGAAGAAACAUUAGAGAAAGGACAUCUUUCCUUCGAAACUGGAAAGGUAACAGAUCCAAAUAGCAAUGAACAAAUAACUUUGAAAGAAGCCGUCACUCUUGGUAUCAUUGAUCCAGAUUCAGCAUUGAUAAAAGAUGCUCAAAAGAAAAAAUUAGUUAGAUUGCCGGAAGCUUUCAGGAAAGGGAUGAUGGACCCGGAAAAAGGCAAUGUCUUAGAUACGGAUACAUCUAAAUUAUAUACCUUAUCUAAAGCCGUAGAAAUUGGUUUAGUUAUGACUCCCAAACAAGGCUUUUCGUUCAUCGAAGCACUCGAGUUUGGUCUUUAUAAUCCAACAACUGGUAGCUAUCACGAUCCAUUCUUAAUAACUUCGGUAUUAGAAAGAAAACGCUUGACUUUAGCAAGUGCAAUAGAAGGGGGUUUAAUAGAUCCGUCUACAACAGUGAUCAAAGAUCCUAUUAGUGGUAAUAUCGUAAGUUUGUUGGAAGCUGUAAAUAGUGGAAAGGUAGAUAGUGUGGCGGGCAGGUUUUUUGAAGAUCCAGAGGGAAAGAGUAUCGACUUCGUGAAGGCCAUGGAACGUGGUUAUAUACUCACCGCAGAAGCGAGGCAAGCGGUUGAAGAGAAGUAUAAAUUGUGCGAUGAAACGUUAUCCAAACUCCUUCAAUGGAUAUCCGAGGUCGAAGAUAAACUUGCCAAUCAAGAUACCGUCAGAGAAGAUAUCGAAGAAUUAAGAAAUCAAAUAAACAUCAUGAAAGAAAUAAAGGAGGAUUUAGAAUCUCAUGGACGUCAAGUUUCAUCUUGUCUGGACCAAGUUCGUCAAGUCGUUUUAACAGGUAGCGACGUAUUGUCAAGUGAUGAGGUAUCGACAUUAGAAAAAAGUGGCAGGUCACUUAAAACAAGAUUCGACAAAACUACUGAUCGUGCUGAUAAGUUAGUCAGACGAUUGGUAGGAGCCAGAGACGAAUUAUGCAAAUUCAAAAACGAACUCUCAACAUUCUCCGUAUGGUUGGAUAAAGCAUGUCGAACUUUAGAAAACAAGGAAAGAUCUUUAUCGGAUUUAAAUAAAUUAAGCAGCAGUGCAGACACCACGCGCGAUUUCAUCAGCGAUGUUAUAGCUCAUCAAGCAGACCUUAGAUUUAUAACCAUGGCUGCACAGAAAUUCGUCGACGAAAGCAAAGAAUACUUGCAAAUUUUGAACGACUUUAGAACAAGUUUGCCACAAAGAUUACCUCAUAAAGAGCCAACAGCCAGUCAAGAUUCGCCAGUAAGACACGAGGUCUCUCUUGUAACGACACAAUACAAAGAUUUGUUAACACGUGCCAAUCAAUUGUCAGAUAGAUUGUCAGGAGUUGGUGGAAAACAACGUGAUUAUAAUGAAUCAUUAGAAAAGGCAAAUACGUGGUUAAAGGAAGUAGAACCAAAAGUGCAUCGAAUUAUAUCCGAGGCUAUUGCAGCCGAGCCAAAACAAGUGGAGGAUCAAUUGAACAAAGCAAAAGCAUUGAACAACGAAUUAUUAGCUAAUGAACGUUUAAUAGACGCAGCGAAAAAUGGCGUCGAUGCUCUACUUAGAUCGCUUGAUGGACAAUUGACUCCACAGGAAGUCGAUGCACUUCAGGAUCCAGUUAGGGUAAUCGAAGAUAAGUACAGGCAAUUAAGCGAGGCUUUGCAAGUUAAAUGUCAAGAAUUGGACACAGCGUUGGUGCAAUGUCAAGGUGUUCAGGAUGCUUUAGAUGGUUUGGUUGUAUGGUUGAACAAUGCUGAAAGUCAGUUCAAGAAUCUUCAACGUCCUGCAAGUUUGCAAAAAGAACAUCUCGAAGAACAACAAAGAGAACAGCGUCUACUUCAAGCAGACUUGGAUAGUCAUCGUUUAAGCGUAGAUGCCAUUGCUGCAAGUGCCCAAGAUCUUUUAUUAAAUUCAAACAAUGUUCGCGUUGCUAAACGUAUCGAGGGUAAACUCAAAGAUGUACAAAGUAGAUUCGAAAAACUUAUGGACAAGUCUUUACGUCGCGGAGAAUUCCUCGACGAUGUUUCUCAAGCUCUUAAUGAAUUCCUUACUGAAACAUCUAAAUUUGAAACGUGGUACUCGCACAUGAUCGAGUCACUUGAAUCUAGAGAAUUGAAUAAACUCGAUGUAUCUGAGUAUGAAAGUAAAAUGGCAGAAUUGAUCGAUAGACGUGAAGAUCAUAGAGGUCAUUUCGAAGAUCUCAUUCGAAAUGGAAAGAAUUUGGUUUCUAAGAAAGAUAUUACUGAAGCUACUGCUAUUAGGGAUAAGAUCAAGGUACUUGAAUCUCAAUGGAAAGAAAUGAACAAUCUUCUUGACGAAAAACAGAGACUUAGUAAAUCAAGAGCGGAACAAUUAUCAGCUUACGAAAAAUUACGUGAUCAAGUGAUAGAUUGGUUGACACGUACAGAAAAUAAAUUACAGAGAUUAGAGCCAGUAGCUGUUGAUUUAGAAAAACUGAAGAAGCAAGUUGAGGAAUUGAAACCUAUACAAAAAGAAUAUCGUGAUUAUGGUGGUACCGUUGAUAAAAUAAAUGAUCUUGGUAUAACUUAUGAUAGUUUAUUGAAGGAACGUGGUGAAAGUCCAACUCGUCGUCGUGGUAGCACUAGCCCUACAAAAAGACCAGUCCGACGAAUGUCACAAGACGGUCGUUCACCAUCUCCUACAAAAGGCUACGCACUACAAAGUCCGGUAUCUCCAGGUGGUAGCAGUGGAUUCAGCAGCCGACGGUCUAGCCAGGAUGGUUUCCAUUUGGAAGAUUUAUCGCCUGUUCAACAACAAUUAUCAGAAAUCAAUAAUAGAUAUGGUUUGCUAGGUGUGAGAUUAUCUGAUCGGCAAACAGAUUUGGAUAAUGUUAAAGAAGAGUUAAGAAAACAUUUGGAUAAUUUGAAAGCACUUUCUCUCUUCCUGGAUAAGAUUCAGCGCCAACUCCCGAAAGAAAGUAUUCCAACAAUUAAAGACGAAGCAGAUAAAACUGUAAAACAGAUAAAAGUGAUCGUUGAAGAGAUGUAUGAAAAGCAAUCAUUAUUAGAUAGUACAAGGACCCAAGUACGUGAUCUGGUUAGGCGUAAGAAGGGAGCUGAUGGUAGCGAUAGGCUUAACGAUGAAAUGGAAGAUGUGGCAAGUCGUUGGAAGUCAAUUUCUGAUAGAUGCAAGGAUAGAAUUAAAUUUUUGGAGGAUAUCAAAGAUUUCUACGAUACUUUCGACGGUCUCAAUUCUUGGCUUGGUGCGAAAGAAAGAAUGCUGGGUGCGUUAGGUCCGAUAUCGUCAGAUCCAAGAAUGGUCUCUAGUCAAGUCCAACAAGUUCAAGUACUCAGAGAAGAAUUCAGAACCCAGCAACCGCAAUUGGAUCAUUUGGUUCAAGUUGGUGAAAAUGUUCUUGCCAGAAUAUCUGCCGAUUCGCCGGACGGUCAAAAGAUUAGUACCAAGUUGCAUAGUAUUUUACAAAGAUGGGCAGAUCAACUCAGUCGAUUGGACGAACGUGGACAGAGUUUGGGUGAUGCAGUUGGUACCAGUCGUGAAUUCGACGCUAGUCUUAAUCGUUUACGUGAUGCUCUUCAAACGAUUUCAGACAAUUUGGACGAUUUACCUCUCGAUAAAGAUCCUGAGGAACAGUUACGUAAGAUCGAAAAUUUGGAGAGACAAUUGGAAGGACAGAGACCGUUGUUAGCUGAUGCCGAAGCAGCUGGUGGACAAUUAUGCGAGGUAUUAAGUGAUCCAGCUUCGAAAUCCGAGAUCCAUGGUAAACUUACAGCUGUUGGAAAAUUAUAUGUCAACUUGCAAAAGAAAUUAGAUCAUAGAAAAGCUGAAAUCGAAGGUAAUCUUAGAGAUGGUCGACAAUUUGAAGCUUCCUGUAGCAAAACUCUUGGUUGGCUUGCCGAUGAACUUGGAAAUAUGUCUGAAAAAUUAUUGGUUUCGGCUGAUCGAGAAAUAUUGCAACAACAAUUGGAUCAUCACGAGCCAGUAUAUCGUAAUGUAAUGGGUAAAGAACAUGAGGUCAUUAUGUUGCUAAACAAGGGACGUGAUAUUAUUGCACGUUCGCAAAAAUCUGAAAAUCGUUCUCUUCAACGAGAUCUUGAUAAAAUGCAAUCUCAAUGGGAUCGUUUGAAAAAGGAUACACUCGAUAGACACACCAAACUUCAAACUUGCGCAGAACAUUGUAAAAAGUAUUAUAGAGCACAGGAUCAAUUUUUACCAUGGUUGAGACAGGCUGAAGAUAAGUUAGAAAGCUUAAAGCCAGCAUCCUUCAAACGCAAGGAUAUUGAAAAACAAUUGAAAGAAUUGUCAUCGUUCAGAAACGAAGUAUGGAAACGUUCUGGUGAAUUUGAAAAUAACAAAACUCUUGGGGAAUCCUUCCUUGGUGCUUGUGAUAUCGAUAAAGAAAUAGUUAAAAAUGAAUUGAAUGCCAUGAAAACAAGAUGGGACAAAUUGAAUAAUGAUCUUUUAGAAAGAACACAGUCUUUGGAAGAUACCGCACGUCAUCUUACGGACUUCGUAGAAAAUCUUCGUGAUUUGAAACAUGAUUUACAACGUUGCGAAGACAAACUAGCUUCUCAUGAUGCUCUUGGUGGAGCAUCUAAAGAUCCAAAGCUUCUCGAUAGAAUUAAGAAUUUACGAGAAGAAACAGCUAGCUUGAAGAAACCUUUGCAAGCAGUACGCAAACAGGCCAAUGAUUUAGUAAAGAAAGCUGAUGAACAAGGAAUAGAUGCAACACAUUUGCAAGAUGAAGUUGACAAUGUAACAGAUCGAAUCGAUGACUUGCAAGCGAAAUUAGACGAUAGGUGUAACGAAUUACAGAGUGCGGCUACUGCAAUGGCACAAUUUAAUGAUCAUGUCAAGAUCAUUAAUCAACAUUUAGCUUCUAUAGAAAAGGAAUUAGAUUCGAUGAAAGCACCCGGACGAGAAAUUAAAAUUGUUAGAGGACAGAUCGAAGAUAUCAGCAAAAUCAUUCAUAAAGUUAAUAAACUCUGCGAUGAUGCUAAUGAUCUUGAAAAUCUUGGUGAACGUUUGGUCGACAGUGGCUUCGCUGCUGAUUCUGUAGCAACCAGGCAACAAAUUGAAAGUCUUAAACGACAAAUUGGAAAGCUCGAGGAACGUGCACGUAACAGGGAAGAAGAAUUAAGUACUGCAUUGAAUAAAUUGCAAGAAUUUUAUCAAGCUCAUGGAAACGUUAUAGAUGAAAUAGCUGAAACUAAUGAUCAAGUUAGAAAAUUCAAGCCAGUUGGUUCGGAAGUUGAUUCGAUCAAAGCACAGCAAGAAGAUUUCAUGGCACUUAAGAUCAAUAAAAUUGAACCCAUUUCUCGCAACGUUGAUUUAUGCAAUGUUCUUGGUCAGGGACUUAUUCAAACUGCAGGUCGUGAUGUUAGCACCACGAACAUUGAAAAGGAUCUUGAUAAAAUGAAUGAUAGAUGGAAUGAUCUAAAGGAUAAAUUGAACGAGCGUGACAGAAAAUUAGAUGUAGGUUUACUCCAAUCUGGUAAAUUCCAAGAAGCUUUAAAUGGCCUCGAAAAGUGGUUAACCGAUACCGAAGAAAUGGUUUCUAAUCAAAAACCACCGUCGUCUGAUUAUAAGGUGGUCAAGGCACAACUUCAAGAACAGAAAUUCUUGAAGAAGAUGUUAAUGGAUCGACAAAAUUCAAUGUCAUCUUUAUACAAUAUGGGUCAAGAAGUAACAGCUGGUGCAGAUACGAAGGAACGCAAAGUUAUCGAGAAACAAAUGAAGAAUUUGAUGGGUCGAUUUGAUAAUUUAACAGAAGGUGCUGCAGAAAGAAUGGAUGCUUUAGAACAGGCGAUGGCCGUGGCUAAACAAUUCCAAGACAAAUUAAUACCACUUGCUACGUGGCUGGACAAAACAGAAAAGAAAGUUAGAGAAAUGGAAUUGGUACCAACCGAUGAGGAGAAAAUCCAGCAACGUAUUUCCGAACAUGCUGUACUUCAUAGUGACAUACUCUCGAAAAAACCAGACUUCAGCGAAUUAACCGACAUAGCUAGUCAACUGAUGGCUCUUGUAGGUGAAGAUGAGGCAGCUGCCUUGGCGGAUAAACUUCAAGAUGUUGCUGACAGAUACGCUGCACUUGUUGAACGUUCAGAAGCACUUGGUGAACUUCUGCAACGUUCGAGACAAGGCUUACGACACUUGGUUCUUACCUAUCAAGACUUACAGGCUUGGAUGGAAGGCAUGGAAGUUAGGCUUUCAAAAUAUAGAGUAUUGGCUGUUCAUACGGAAAAACUUUUACAACAAAUGGAAGAUCUGGCAGAUCUAACAGAAGAAGUGUCUACAAGACAGACAGAAGUAGAUAGUACAACAGAUUCAGGCCUGGAAUUGAUGAAACAUAUUUCUAGCGACGAAGCUCUCCGACUAAAAGACAAAUUAGAUUCAUUGCAACGUCGUUUCAAUGACUUGGUUACACGUGGAUCAGAUCUUCUGAAACACGCACAGGAAGCUUUACCAUUGGUCCAACAAUUCCAUGACAAUCACAAUCGUCUCAUGGAUUGGAUGCAAGGAGCAGAAUCAGCUUUACAAUCUGCUGAAACUCGUGAGGAUGAAAUUAUAAGACUCGAAAUGGAAAUUUCAGAAUACAGACCUAUUCUCGAUAAAAUCAAUGCGGUCGGUCCACAAUUGUGUCAGAUAUCUCCGGGAGAAGGUGCUGCUACCAUAGAAGGCUUGGUAACCAGAGACAACAGAAGAUUCGAUGCAAUUGCUGAACAAAUUCAGAGGAAAGCUGAAAGAAUUCAAUUGAGCAAGCAACGAUCUCUGGAAGUUAUCGGGGAUAUCGAUGAUCUCCUCGAUUGGUUCAGAGAAGUUGAUAAUCAAUUACGUGAAGCUGAGCCACCGAGUAGCGAGCCCGAGAUAAUAAGAGUUCAACUGAAAGAACACAAGGCUUUGAACGAUGAUAUAUCCAGUCAGAAAGGCCGUGUUCGUGAUGUCAUUUCAACAGCUAAGAAAGUUAUUCGUGAAAAUGCACAUCACGAAGAUACAUCAACGAUACGAGAUAAAAUGGAAGACCUUCGAGAAACAAUGGAAAUUGUAUCAGGUCUUUCCUCUGACAGAUUGGGUGCUUUGGAACAAGCUUUACCAUUGGCUGAACAUCUUCGUGAUACUCAUGCAGGUCUUGUGAGUUGGUUGGAAGAAGCUGAACAACAAGUUGCUAUGUUACCUAUGCCUGCUUUGAGACCAGAUUUGAUAGCAGUUCAGCAAGAUAAAAAUGAAAUUCUUAUUCAGAGCAUUAACGAGCACAAACCUUUGGUAGAAAAGCUUAACAAGACUGGUGAAGCUUUGAUCAAACUAUGUAACGAGGAAGAAGGUUCGAAAGUUCAAGAUAUUGUGGACAAUGAUAACGCUCGUUAUGCGGCUCUAAGAUCAGAGCUAAGAGGUCGUCAACAAACGUUGGAACAAGCAUUGCAAGAAUCUUCACAGUUCUCUGACAAAUUGGAAGGUAUGUUACGAGCAUUAACAUCAACUGCUGAUCAGGUACAUGGUGCUGAACCGGUAAGUGCACAUCCACCAAGACUACGAGAUCAAAUGGAAGAAAAUGCUGCAUUGGCUGAAGAUUUAGCUCAAAGAUCAGAAGCUUAUGCCGCUGUAAGGAAAGCUGCUGAUGAUGUUAUCAGUAAAGCAGGGAAUAGAGCUGAUCCUGCUGUUAAAGAUAUCAAACGUAAACUUGAUAAACUGAAUCAAUUAUGGACGGAUGUACAAAGAGCAACUACAGAACGUGGUCACACCUUGGACGACACCUUGUCGAUCGCAGAGAAAUUCUGGUCAGAAUUGAAUGGGGUAAUGUCAACUUUGAGAGAAUUGCAAGAUGCUCUAGCUGGACAAGCACCGCCAGCGGCUCAACCAGCUGCUAUACAACAGCAACAAGUAGCUUUACAAGAAAUCAGACAGGAAAUCGAUCAAACCAAACCUGACGUAGAACAAGUAAGAGCAUCUGGUCACGAAUUGAUGGGUCUGUGUGGUGAACCAGACAAACCAGAAGUACGAAAGCACAUCGAAGAUUUGGAUCAAGCCUGGGACAACGUCACUGCCCUUUACGCUAGACGUGAAGAAAAUCUUAUCGACGCCAUGGAGAAGGCCAUGGAAUUCCAUGAAACCCUUCAAAAUCUUUUGGAAUUCUUACAGGAAGCUGAAGAUAGAUUUGCUGACAUGGGUCCCCUUGGUAGUGACAUAGACGAAGUUAAAACUCAGAUCAAACAGUUGUCAAACUUUAAAGCUGAAGUUGAUCCACACAUGGUGAAGGUCGAAGCAUUGAACAGGAGUCUGACAAGACAAGCAGCUGAGCUGACAGAAAGAACAUCGUCCGAACAAGCAGCAGCUAUUAAAGAACCAUUGGGCGCUGUUAACAAACGUUGGGACGGAUUGCUUAGAGGUGUUGUAGAGAGACAAAGACUUUUAGAGAAUGCUUUGUUACGAUUAGGACAAUUCCAACAUGCUCUUGAUGAGUUGCUCGUUUGGAUCGAUAAGACGGAUAGAACGUUGGACAAUUUGAAAGCAGUUGCAGGAGAUCCGCAAGUUAUCGAGGUCGAAUUAGCUAAACUGAAAGUCUUAGUUAACGAUAUCCAAGCGCAUCAAACUAGUGUGGACACAUUGAACGAUGCUGGCAGACAAUUGAUCGAAGAUGGAAAAGGUACAACCGAGGCUUCAACAACGGCAGAAAAAUUAGGUACACUAAAUCGCCGUUGGAGAGAUCUGCUUCAACGAGCGGCUGAUCGGCAAAGAGAAUUGGAAGAUGCUUUGAGAGAGGCACAAUCGUUUACUGCUGAAAUACAAGAUCUUUUGUCGUGGUUAGGCGAUGUUGAUAAUAUGAUAGUAGCAUCGAAACCGGUCGGUGGUUUGCCUGAAACAGCGUCGGAACAAUUGGAACGAUUUAUGGAAAUUUACAACGAAUUGGAACAAAAUCGGCCAAAGGUAGAAACUGUCUUACAACAAGGACAGGAAUAUAUGAAACGUGCCGAUGCAAGUAGUGCUGGUGGUUUGAAUCAUAAUCUUCGAACCUUGAAACAGAGAUGGGACAAUGUCACUGCACGAGCGAGUGAUAAGAAAAUCAAAUUGGAAAUUGCUUUGAAGGAAGCAACAGAAUUUCAUGAUGCUUUGCAAGCGUUUGUUGAUUGGCUUACGAAUGCAGAAAAGAUCCUAACGAAUCUCAAACCAGUUUCCAGAGUCAUGGAGACUAUAUUAGGUCAAAUAGAAGAGCAUAAACAAUUUCAGAAGGAUGUUGGUGUUCAUAGAGAAACUAUGUUAAAUUUGGAUAAGAAGGGAACGCAUUUGAAAUACUUCUCACAAAAACAGGAUGUGAUACUUAUUAAAAAUCUAUUGAUCAGUGUUCAACAUAGAUGGGAACGUGUUGUGUCAAAGUCAGCCGAGAGAACUAGAGCGCUCGAUCAUGGAUAUAAAGAGGCAAGAGAGUUUCACGAUGCAUGGUCGAAUUUACUCAAUUGGUUGGACGAAACUGAGAAGACCUUGGACGAAGUUGCUGCUGAUGGUCUUGGUGGAAAUGAUCCAGAAAAGAUCAAAUCGCGUCUUAACAAGCAUCGCGAGAUACAGAAAGCUUUGAGCGCUAAGCAAGGUACGUAUGAUACGACCAUGAAGAAUGGUAAAACUUUGAAGGACAAGGCACCGAAGGCCGACGAGUCUGCUUUGAAGGAAUUGUUGAACGAAUUGAAGAACAAAUGGACGACAGUUUGUUCAAAGUGCGUUGAUAGACAAAGAAAGUUGGAGGAAGCGUUAUUGUUCUCUGGACAAUUCAAGGAUGCCAUUCAAGCGCUUCUCGAUUGGCUUGGCAAGAUGGAAAAACAUUUAUCGGACACUGGACCAUUGCAUGGUGAUUUGGACACCGUAACGAAUCUGGUCGAACAACAUAAAACUUUCGAAAAAGAUUUAGAAUCACGCGAAUCACAAAUGGAAUCGGUCAUCAAAACUGGUCGUGAAUUAGAAUCCAAAGCUUCGGCAGAAGACGCUUCCCUGAUAAGAUCUCAAUUAUCAGAACUUAACAGUUUAUGGGACACCGUAACACAUCUGUCAUCAAAGAAAACCGCAAAAUUAGAGGAAGCUAUCAGAGAAGCCGAACGUCUUCACAAGGCGGUCCAUGUUUUGUUAGAAUGGUUGAGUGACGCCGAAAUGAAACUUAGAUUCGCUGGGCAAUUACCAGAGGAUGAACAAGAGAGUAGAAACCAAUUGAUGGAACAUGAGAAAUUCCUUCGUGAAUUGAAAGCUAAAGAAAUUGAAAAGGAUAAUACUUUGGAAUUGGCUCAUAUUAUCUUAGGUAAAGCUCAUCCUGAUGGAGCUGCUGUUAUCAAACAUUGGAUAACCAUUAUUCAAUCUAGAUGGGAAGAAGUUGCUAUUUGGGCUCAACAAAGAAAUCAAAGACUUGAAAAUCAUAUGCGUGGACUUCAAGAUCUUGAUAAUCUCCUAGAGGAAUUAUUGGCUUGGUUAGAAGGAUUAGAAAAUACUUUGAAUGCCCUCGAAAGUGAACCACUUCCAGACGAUCGUCCUACUCUCGAAAUGCUUAUUGCUGAUCACAGAGAAUUUAUGGAAAAUGCAAGUAGAAGACAGAACGAAGUAGAUCGUGUCUGUAAAGCAAGACAGAUCAAAGUAACGAAGGACGGACGAAAAGUGCCAAAAGCUAAAUCACCUGCACCAGUUAAGGAUCAAUAUCAAGAUGUGGAACAAGAACAACCUCCUUCCAGAAAACAAAGCCGAGCCAGCCCGGGUCGCGAGAGGACGCCAGAUCUUUCAUUGCCACACAUUGGUCCACGCUUCCCACCAAAAGGAAGUAAAGGCGCAGAACCAGAAUUCCGUAGUCCAAGGGUGAAACUCCUGUGGGACAGGUGGCGUCACGUUUGGAUGUUAGCUUGGGAACGUCAACGUCGUCUACAGGACAAAUAUAAUUAUAUUCAGGAGUUGGAUCGUGUUGCUAACUUUAGCUGGGAAGACUGGCGCAAGAGAUUCCUAAAGUUUAUGAAUCAUAAGAAAUCUCGACUGACGGAUCUCUUUAGGAAAAUGGAUAAGAAUAACGAUGGGCUUAUACCUCGUGAAGAUUUCAUUCAAGGAAUUAUGAAUACCAAAUUUGAAACGUCUCGAUUGGAGAUGGGUGCGGUUGCAGAUCUAUUUGAUCGUCACGGAGAAGGUUUGAUAGAUUGGAAAGAGUUUAUUGCCGCUUUGAGACCAGAUUGGGAAGAACGUCGUACUUAUAAUGAUACUGAUAAGAUACAUGACGAAGUUAAACGAUUAGUUAUGUUGUGUACGUGCCGGCAAAAGUUCAGAGUGUUCCAAGUUGGUGAAGGAAAGUACAGGUUUGGUGACAGUCAAAAACUACGUCUAGUCAGGAUAUUAAGAUCUACAGUGAUGGUUCGAGUAGGAGGUGGUUGGGUAGCAUUAGACGAAUUCCUUUUGAAAAAUGAUCCAUGUCGCGCCAAGGGAAGAACCAAUAUCGAGCUGAGGGAGCAAUUCAUAUUGGCGGAUGGUGUCAGCCAGACAAUGACAGCAUUCAGGUCGAAGCCAAGCCCAACGUCGACCCUUCAACGUACGCAAAUGUCCUCAGCUGGACCCAUCACCAAGGUGAGAGAACGAAGCGCACGAAGCGUACCAAUGGGUCAAUCAAGAGCAUCCCGUUCAUCCCUAAGUGCAGGUACACCAGAUAGUUUGAGUGACAACGAAGGUUCAUUCAGAAUAUCUGCUAGAAAAACUAGCACACCUUAUAGAAGUAAUCUCACACCAGGUGGUAGCCGACCUUCGAGUAGACCAGCCUCAAGGCCAGCUUCAAGACCAACAAGUAGGCCAGGUAGUAGGCCAGCUUCAAGACAAGGAAGUAAACCACCAAGUCGUUAUGGUUCCACACAAUCAUUAGAUAGUACAGAUGAAGCAGGUACACCAAGUCGCAUUCCUCGUAGAACCGCCGUAGGUACAACAGGCAACACACCAACGUCUAGCAGACAUAAUAGCAUUUCUGGUAGGCGAUUAGGUACACCUGUCAAUGGAGCCAGUUCUAGACCACGUACACCAACUGGUCUGGUUAGUCCAGCUAGUGGUAGUGCAACGUCUAGGUUUGGCUCAAUCCAUAGAGCUUCGAGCAUACCAACCCUGACUGGUGUCGGAACACCGAUCAGCCGCUCUAGGAUACCUGUUUAUGUGGGAAUGGACAUAAAAUCCCCUCAAUCAACAACCAGCAAUAUUUCAACUCAUUCGACACAAAGCAACCAUUCUACAAUUUCUACUGAUUCUACUGGGAGCAGUUCCAUCUGUACAAAUUCAGCAACUAACAUCCCAUUGGCUGUUAAACACGCUAGAACACGAACACCGUCCAGUGGUUCGAGCACACCACUACCACCGUCUCUGAAAUUAUCAAGAAAACCAUCAGGAGCAUCGGACACUUCAGUCUCAAAUACUACGUCAAGUGGAACUCGUAAAGGGAAACCAACGCCUAUCGAUCAAAGAGCACCUUUCCGAUUGUAAUCUCGACAAUUUCUUUUUUGCCUAACAAUAAUCGAAUAUUUAUCGAGGAGCUUUUUAUCUUAUCCUACGUGUUUGCCUAUCGAAGGAAAAAGAGAAUAAAAAAAAAAUAAUAAUAAUAAUUCUCUUGCUUUUCCAUGCCAAAUACACGUUAGUAUAAAUAAUCUGAGUAAUCGCGUAAGAUCAAUUGAAGGAAAAAAAAAGAAAAUGAAAGAAAUUAUUAGAAAUUAAAAAAAAUAAAAAAAAAUAAAAAAAAAAUAAUAAAAUAAAGAAAGUUAUAUAUCACGAAGGAAUUAUAGGAUUACGAGAAUGAUAAAAGAGAUUGAAAGAGAAUGCUUGCAAUUUAUCCGGGUACUGAUAAAGGUAGAAAAGGAAUGAAAUUAUCUGAUUUUUAUUUUUUCUAUUUAUAUUUCAUUUCAAUUUUUUUCGCGCCUGGAUGUUUGCUGUCUUUAUAUAUAUAUAAUAUAAUAAAAAAGGAGCACAAAUUCUAAUACGAAGUAUAUACUCUUCGUAAGAAAAAAACGAGAGGCCAACUCUUUAAUUUGUUCCCGAUAGGAUGAGCUUAUUAUAAAUAUUUGUCUAUUAUGUAAUAUAUCCAUAAGAUUAUACACGAAAGAUAUAUAAGAAAGAGAGAGAGUGAAAGAGAGAGGAAAGAGAAGAGACUUUUAUCGGCGAUGUGCGUUGAAAAGUCUUUAUUCGAUAAGAAAUAUUAUACUAUGAAUCGAUAAAGAAAAUAUCGUGAAGAUAUAAAAAAAAAAAAAAGUAAAAAAUAAAAAAAAACGAAAAAGAAAACUGGGUGUUCUGAUAUAAUCAAUUCACUCAAGACUUUGAGAGCUAUUGUGCAUUAUAUUCGUGCGCUUGAACAUCGAAAAAGUCGAAACUGUUUCGAGAUAAAAGUAAUAAUAAUAAACAAAAAAAUAUAUAUUAUAUAUAUAUAUAU